AUAAAAGUAAUUUAAAUUAGGCGUAAACCCGACAAUGUUUUUUUUUAUAACAUAUUAUUCAGGAUGUCCAAACGCUACUAGGGGUUUGACGGGUCCAUCAUCUCCAUAAAAUGAUUCUACGGGAGGUCCUUAAGCUUUACCCCUGCAGAGUUAUAAUUUAUUUUGCGUUUAUAUAAGAAAAUUAACUUUUUUUUACUAACUCUUAUUAAAAUUCGAAAAAAUCAACGACCUGUAUCUUUCUCACAAUUUUCUCAAACGCAAGGACUCAUCAGUGCCAAUCUAGUGAAAUUCUAUAUUUUACGUAAGUUUGCAACUGAUCCUGUAUAUAUAGUAUUCGAAAUUUUCCUUUUUCGUGUAUAAUUUUAUUCUAGCAUUUGGUCUUUGUGAUUUGUCAAACUUUUCGUCUUUGAUUCAACGUCAAAUCUCAAAAUAACGUCUGUCAACCACUACUGGACAAAAGUUAACUGUCUCUUAAAUCCGCUUUCAAAAGUCAAAAUAAGAGUAAAUGGAAAUAAAUAUAUUAAAUGUUUUUAUUGAAGUAAAAAUAUUGCAUUGUGAUAUUUUUAUGCAACGAUAUAAUCUUAUGAAGCUUCUCAAAAUAUAUAGUAAUAAAUCAACUGUUUUGGUAAAGUUCAUGUGUUAGGUGGUAAGAAAACAGCAGUGGUAUAACUUUCGUCUAUUAAAGCAAACCAAAGCAAUGUUUUGACUCAUCAAUUAUUAUAAUUUGAAGUCUCUAAUGAACAAAUUAAGCUGAUAACUAAUCACAAUGAAUCCGUAUAAGGAUUUGGAAGAUAAUUCAUUUUCUGCUGCUCCUCAUUUAGCUUACGAGGAUAUCGCAACUAAACUGUUAAAAGAUCACUUCUUUUUGACGGCGUUAGAACUUCACACGGAAUUGGUUGAAAGUGGGAAAGAACUUCCGCAGUUACGAGAAUUUUUUUCAAACCCUGGAAAUUUUGAACAACAUGUUUCAAGAGCAUCAGAAAUGAUUUCCAUGCAUCGUACACCUAGCCUAGCAACACUAGAUUCCCUAGAUACAGCAAGAUAUUCAGAAGAUGGAGGUGGUGAUAGAGCAGCAAGUGGUGGUGAUAUAGCUGUUCUAGAGUUUGAGUUACGGAAAGCUAAAGAAACCAUCAAUUCUCUAAGAGCAAACCUUACUCAAUUUGCUGAUGGGGAGUCAACAUUAGAUAAAAGUGUAAAAGAUAACUUUAAUCAAAAAUCACUUAAGCCACAUGAAAAAAGAGCUCUUAAUUUUUUGAUAAAUGAGUACUUGUUACUUCAAGAUUACAAAUUGACAAGCAUAACAUUUUCAGAUGAAAAUCCUGAUCAGGAAUUUGAAGAUUGGGAUGAUGUCGGUCUAAACAUGCCCAGGCCACCAGGUUUAAUACCUUUAUUUAGGGGCAGUAAUACUAUAUUGAAUCCUCCUAAAUGCGAUGCUGCCACACAGUAUGACAGUGACUAUUUUUCUGAUGCCGAGUGUCAGACAGAAGGCGAUGAUAAUAUUUGUGUCAGUUGUCAGACCUCUUUCGAACACGAAACUGAUUUGAAUCAUGAGUUACUCAUCCAAGCUGAAGAAAUAAAUCUAUUGAAGCAAAAAAUUAUCGCAUUAGAAACAGAAAAAUUGAAUUUUCAAAAAUUAUAUGACGCUGCUAUUGUGAGUCUUAAUUCGUUAACAAGUCCAAUAUCGGAAAAACAAAAUAUGGAACUUCAAAUUCCAAGUGAAAAGCUAAAUUUGAUAAGAGAUCCUGAUGAUCAGAGACCCAUAACUUGUAUGGCAUCGGAGAACCAUUAUGGCAGCAGUAAUUCGACGCAUAGCGCAACGCCUGAUCAGUUUGAAAUGAUCGAAAACGAAAAACACUGUUCAUCGAUUAAAAAAGAAGGUUCUAAUACAAGUUCUUUCGAGCCAGCAUUGGUCGAUAAUAGCGGGAGACCGACCCCAACUCGUAGGGGUAGCGUGAACACAUUGGAUGAUACACUCAGUAUGAAUGAUGCAGAGUGGACGCGGCUUCAUUAUGAAUAUAAUGUUCUAGAUACCUCAAAGGAAAUGUGGAUUGACAGCGCGAUUCCAAAUAGCUUAAAAGAGUCGUUAUUAAACUGGUGCAAUGAAUCGCUUGAAGUUAAUGAACCACUCUCGAACGAUCUUCUGACAGAUUUAGUUAACAAUGAGAAACCUGUGGUGUUGCCAGCGCUGUUGCAACUCGUUGCUGAUACAUUACCAAGGAUUCUACCGCACAUAUUAAUAGGCCGUCGGAGUGAGUCCGCUGCAUUAUUAUCUGCCGCGAUAAUUCUUCUGCCACCCGCAGAUACGCGAAGGGCAAAAUUGUUACAUACCCUUCUUACGCUGUUUAAAAAACCCGACCCGCCGGAUGCAAAGAUUAUAUGUGAAGCCACCUGUCUCAUAGUAAAAUGGGGUGGGAGCGGGGAAGUACUAUCCUCAAUAGCUGAACUUUUAGCCUCUAGAUCAAGUGAACGUCGAGUUUUGGCAAGUCAAAUAUGCUUGGCCAUAGCCCCAUAUGUCCCUGUAGAACUCUGCACCUCACUACUCCUGAGUCUAGUUGGACUUAUGUGCGAAUCAACUGAAAUCGAAAUACGAUCUUUGGGCUUAAAAGCAGCUUGCUUGAUCUGCCCAAUAGCAGAACAUAAGUAUGGGCAGUUGGAGAAUAUUUUGUUCAGUUUUCUAAAGGAUCCCGUGGAUUUCAUUGUUAAGGAUACAGUGAGGGUAUAUGUUCCGGUGCUGGCCCGGACCUCGCUUAUAGCUGGAAAAUUCUCUUCGUCUCUAUAUACCCGAAUAAUUUCGAAUUUAGUGAAAUCAACAAACGAUGGUGAAUGGAAAGAUGUCCUUCUAUACUUAGACAUACUAAGAUCCCUAGUGUUGGCGAAAUUAGUAUAUGUUAUUAACGUACAAAUAGUUAAAGAUAUAAUAAAAAUGGACUGUGAUAAUUUGCAAGAAGUAUUACUAUGCGAGGAUAGCUUUAUGGAUGUACAGUGUUAUGUGAGUGAGAGAGAUGCAAAGACAUUGUUGGUGGCUGUAAAUUCGAUCUUGAAAGAGAAUUCGGAUGUUAGAUGGACCGAGUUGGUGUGGUUUGUUAAUGCAGUAAAGCAAAUACUAGAAAUUACGACAUCAAACAAAAUACUGAAUCAUUCGGCAGUUUAUGAAGUUUUAAUAAGUUUAUUUAGUAGUUACGUGUACAAUUUCGGCGUUCGCUUCACCAGUCAAAUAUUGAAGCCGAUAUUUUGUAAUACAAUUAAUGAAUUGGAAAACAAAUUGGAAAAAUUACAUACAAUUAAUGUUGACAGCUGUGUUGUUGUUGGAAUAUAUUUGGUUACAAUUUUAACUACGACAGAGAGUUCGCAACAAGAGGAAUUCUUGCAAAAAUGGGUCACCUACAGCAGCAUACGAAGUCUUCCAGCAAAAGUUCUAUCAAUACCGCUAAAAUGGCUGACCAAGCACCGACCAGACGUUUUAGACUUUUAUUUGCAGUGCCUUCAAAAAUUUUCAGCGACAUCUAGCGCCAGUGUUCGGAUUUUUACCGCGUCUCUUCUAAGUGAGCUACUUAACACGAGUAACGUCAGUGAUGCUUGCCUUGAAGCACGGAUGUUGCCAACGAUCACUGCGUUGCUAUAUGAUGAGGACACAUCAGUACGUGAAGCAGCAAUAACUGCAUGGGGAAGUGUUGCUCGGAGCUGCGUUGUUCGUGGCCUUUCAGAAUCUAGUGCGUCCAUACAUUCCCUAUGCUGGCCUCCGUUUGAAGAAUUGUUCAACACCCGGCCCUUGACAAGUCGGGAGAGUGCAAAGGCGGCGGAAGCUUUAACACUUUUAGUACUGCCUACAGUGGAAAGUCAUGCAGUGUCGGAAAAAGCUGUAUCCUUACUCUGUGGUCUCUGCUAUCGGCAGCUAUCCGCCGAGUGUUUAUCAGCACUAACGCCAGGGUUACAACUCGCCGUGCACCACUGUUCGCAUCAUCCUGCAUUGUUGCCGGCUUUACGCAAACUUGAAGAAACCGUCCAAUCAACGUCGCUAACGCAGUUUAAGCCCGCAAUAGAAGCCUUACUUCAUGUGGUGAGUAAUGAGCCAGUUCCUUCACCUCGUCCGGCAUCGAACCUGCACACAGCACAGGAAGUGGGCAGGCGCAUGACACAGAUGUUCCAACAGUCGAAAACAAAUAUCAAUAUACCAAAUAUAUUUAAAAAGAAAACGUAGUUAUGUCAUUUUUGACAUCUGUCAGCUUGACGUUUCGGUAGGAUUGAAUAGGAGUAUAUUUUUUUAAGAUGCGAAAGGAAUAUUUAUUGAGCUCCAAAUUUGCAUGACGUCAUCAAAUAUAAAGUAUUUAUCUUAUUUAUUUUAACAUUGACUGGAUGAUACGAACACUCGAUAAAAGAUACGGAACUGGAGUUAGGAGUUACGGGAUAAGCCUGCUGCUAGUAGUAUUUAGUUUAGGUUUCUGCAGCUAAACCCUAUACCUAAGAAGAGCUUAGAAUGACCUAUAUUUUACUAAUUAAAUAUAUUAAAUAUGUAUUACAAUAAAAAAUAAUCACAAUUUAGAGAGAUUUUGUAGUUGAAAUUAAAAUAUAAUACUCCUUUUUAUUAAUUGUAUUUUUUUUUUAUUUGUCACAUUCCAAUGCACGUAAAUUAGUAAUGUACUUAACUAUUUUAGGAAUAUAAUAUAACAGUACAAAUGCAAUACUUAAUAGUUUGUAAGUAUAUGACAAAAGUUAAUAUUUGUUGUUUUAUCUUAAAUUAAGUUUAAAAACUGUUUGUCAGAAUAAAAAUAGCACGGCUAUUAAAGUCUUAAGGACUUUUUUCCAUGAAAUGGCACUAAGGCUGAUUUUUAAAUGGUAAAUCUAUUUUUUUAAACUAAAAAAAAAAUGUUUUAUCUGAUAAAGAAAAUCUAUCACCGCUAAGCAUUUUCUUAAUAACAAUAAUGAUAAAAUCAGCCUAAGUGUAACAUGUUUACUUCUAAAAUAAUUAGUUUAAAAAAACGUGUAGAGGAAUACAGCUUGAAAGAAAGAAAUUGAUUUUCGAUAGCCUGGUGCUAAAAUGUGCUUCCCUAUAGUUCUAUUUUCGUUAGACUUACAACAAUUAUUCGGCCUUUAUUUCAAUACUCGUCCGAAUACCGAAUAAUUUCUAUUCGGCUAGAGCGGUUCACUUAAGCUAUAAAUUUGGUUGUAGCGACAAAUUUAAAUAUUUUUGUCAGAUUACAUUGUGUCUCUUAAAAAAUAAUUAGAGCCUAAAGGCAUUUUAUAGUAUAAUAUUAUACACCAUCGUUCUGGCUCUUGAACAUCACAUGUAGUUAUACCUACGAUAUCAGAUUCGAAACAACCGUUCAUUUCUGCGAUAGUGUUGUACAAAAACCGAUUAUUGAGGUUUAUAAGGGAGGUCUGAAUAUCGUUUGUUUACGCGCGUAUAAGCUCGUCUUUUGAAGCGCAUGCACGUAAAGGCGCGCAUUUUGGCACACGCUCAACUCGUAUAAGCGUUGACGCGUAUAAGCAAAUAGCAAUGUUUCUUCGUCAUAACCCAUGUUGAUACUGAAACGACGCCACUACCGGUUCGAGCGAAUACGCCGAAAUAUGACUUUUUGAAGCGCGUAUGCUAAAGCGACCGUAUACGCGCAGAAAAAUACGCCCUAAUGAGGCCGCCCGCAAAAUAUCCGAGACUCGGUAGAUGGACGAAUAUAGUAGUAAAAUUGGAAGAUCUCAAUUUGGUUGAAUGUUCUAUGAACAUAAAUAUAUAUGAAAUCCUAUCCCGUACAUAUUAUGCUUAUGAAUUAGUUACUAUGAAUCUCAAGUUAAUAGAUCUUAUUGGGUAAGUUGAUAAAUUAACGGUAAAUAGUUUCCGGUCUUAUGGAAAAAAUCUGUGAAUACAUAAAAUAAAUAUUAUGCGUUCUUACACUAUCUAUCAAACCUUUCAACUAUAAUUAUAUUAUUUGUAUUGAUAACAAGCGAAAUAAUUGUUUUGUUGCAAUUGUAUUUUUUUAAAUAAUUCCAAAUAUUUACUGACGCUCCUAAUGUCGGGCACCAUUUGUCGUUUCUUAUUUACCAUGCAAUGCUUUAUUGAUUGUUGUAAUGUUAUUGAAUUAGUGAUAUAUUUUAUAUUUUAAUUUUAUU